AUGUUUGUUUGUUUGCUGCUCCAAACUCGAAAGACGUUUAUUAUAGGUGGUAGUUAUAGGUGCAAAUGUGUUCUUGCAUGGCGCUGUCAGGUUCCAGGCUGUAAGGAGCUCUUGGUCGCGGGACACCGCAAGUGGGCAGGGGCCUAUGUCGUGUCACGAAGGGGGCUGGACAAAUUGGUCUCAAGCGGCUAUGACCAAUGUAUCUUCCCUGUGGAUGACUUCUUGCCCGCUUUGCAUUCCUUUCAUCCACGCCCAGACAUACGUGAAUUGCCCUGUGUGUCCAAUCUUUGCGACAACUUUGUCGCACUGACCUUCCCGCAGGAUGCCAAGAUUGUUCAGGUCGAGGAUAGGGGCUCCGUGAGCAAGUUCUCCACAGUGCUUUUGGGCGAUUUGGGUGCAAGUCUGGGCGACGAGGAUGACCUCGGCACGGUCACCAACGCCCUGCCCGUACAGUUGGAACCCUUGGACUUUUCCCACGACAAUAUUGAAAAAAACCUGAAGAUAGCUGUUGACGCGCUGAAAAAACAUGGAUUUGUAGUCUUGCAACUGCCUCAAGAGAGCGUUGAAGCAGCCGAACAUGCAGAGGUUCGAGUGUUUGCGCCACUUUGCUUCAUGUACAGCACGGCGUCCUAG